AUGCCAUAUGAAGCAGAUAUCAAUAAUAAUACUCAACAAGGGAUUUGUUUGUUGAAGCGAUUUUUAAUUGAACAAGGUCGUCGAUUGCCACAACCAGAACGAUGUUCAGAAAGUUUAUAUGAUUUAAUGUAUCGUUGUUGGAAUGCAAAUAUAGCUAAACGACCACGUUUCGUCGAUAUAAUCGAUGAGUUAAAUGAAACGAAUCUAAGAAAAGAUAAAAAGGACAAAGAUAACGAAGAUAAUCAAUUAGAUUUAUUUAAUCAUGAUCGAAUCGAAUCAUUUGAAGAUUUAAAAAAUCAAUGUAUACAUGAACAUAAACAAGGUCGUUAUUCACGUAUGUUACUUAACAUAAAUGAUCAUGAACCUGUUAUUAAAUCGGAUUCUGUUAAAACUAAUGUUGAAGAUAUUUUUGGACCUUUUGUUGAAAAUAUAGAUAGUUUAACAGCUGAUGAUUUAUUACUUAAUCCUGUUGCACCACAGCAUAUUCAAUAUUUAUGGUCUACUAAACAUCGACCAUGUAAAUCUAGAGCUUUAAAAAAAGUUCAUAAUGGUUAUGAUUGGAAUCAUUAUUAUAAAAAACAUUAUGAUACAGAUCAUCUGCCAUCAACACUUAUUCAGGGUUAUAAAUUCCAUAUCUUCUACCAGAAUUUGAAUGAUAAAACUACAACACCAUUAUACAACCUUACGAUUUGUGAAGAUACUCCACAUUUUUCAAUUCUCAGAUUCCAUGCUGAAUCACCAUACGAAGAUACCGCAUUUCCAAUUAUUACACUUCAAGAGUUGUUCAUGAAAUAUAUUAUGAUAUAUUCUAACACAUUGAGUGGUCUUUUUGAACAAGCUAUUCGAAAAGCUUUUCCAGAAGAUCAAACUUUGCCAGCCGUUGUCGUACCUGGACGACAAACUGAUUAUCAGUGCAAUUCGGCUAUGGCUAUUGCUCAGAGAUUAACUGCAGCUGGCAAAAAAAUUGUACCAACAGAAGUUGCCAAAAUAAUUGUUGCAAAUCUUCCUCAACAUGAGAUGAUUGGAAAAAUUGAAUAUUCUGGACCAGGUUUUAUUAAUGUUACUAUUUCUGCAACAUUUGUUUCCAAACAAAUUCGCAAUAUUCUAUUGAAAGGUGUUUUACCACCCAAUGUUUUAAAUAUGGUUGGCAAUCAUAGAAGUCAGAAUGAAAAUAAAAAGCCGAAAGUUGUCAUUGACUUUUCAUCACCAAAUAUUGCUAAAGAAAUGCAUGUUGGACAUUUACGAUCAACCAUCAUUGGUGAUAGUAUUGCUCGUCUUCUUGAAUAUGCUGGUUUUGAUGUACUUCGAUUAAAUCAUCUUGGUGAUUGGGGUACUCAAUUUGGUAUGCUUAUUGCUCACUUACAAGAUAUUUAUCCUGAAUAUAAAACGAAAUCACCAUCAAUUAGUGAUCUUUUGUCAUUUUAUAAAGAAUCAAAAAAACAUUUUGAUUCUGAUCCUGACUUUAAACAACGAGCUUAUGAAUGUGUUGUUAAACUUCAAGCAUUUGAUCCAAAUAUAAUUCAUGCAUGGAAACUCAUAUGUGAUGUAUCUCGACAAGAUUUCGAAUAUAUUUAUAAAGAACUUGAUGUUAAAAUAAUUGAUCGAGGUGAAUCUUUUUAUCAAAGCAGAAUGAUUGAUCUUAUUAAAGAACUUGAAUCGAAAAAUUUAUUAAAAUUAGAAGAAGGUCGUCAAGUAAUUUUUGUACCUGGAAUUGAUGUUCCAUUAACAAUUGUUAAAACUGAUGGAAGUUUUACAUACGAUACAAGUGAUAUGGCAACAAUAAGACAACGUCUAAUUGAAGAAAAUGCUGAUUGGCUUAUUUAUGUUAUUGAUUCGGGUCAAGCUCUUCAUAUGCAAUUAAUUUUUGCUGGAGCAAAAUUAGCUGGAUGGACUGAUGGAAAGAAUGUUCGAAUGGAUCAUGUUGGUUUUGGUGUUGUACUUGGUGAAGAUGGCAAAAAAUUAAAAAGUCGAUCCGGUGAAACGAUUCGUUUACGAGAUUUACUUGAUGAAGGUAUUGAACGAUCGAUAGCUAAAUUACAAGAAAAAAAUCGACAUAAUGUAUUAACAUUUGAAGAAUUUGAAAAAGCUCAAAAAUCAGUUGCAUAUGGUUGUAUUAAAUAUGCUGAUUUAUCGCAUAAUCGAAAUUCUGAUUAUAUAUUUUCAUUUGAUCGAAUGCUUGAUGAUCGAGGAAAUACAGCUGCUUAUUUACUUUAUGCUUAUACUCGAAUUCGAUCUAUUGCUCGAACAGCUGGUGUUGAUCAUGCAGUAUUAAAAGCAAUGAUACAUGAUAUUGACCUUAAUUUUGAAAUUGAAGAACGUGAAUUAAAAUUAGCUAAAUGUAUUAUUAAAUAUUCUGAUGUAUUUACACGAGUACUUGAUGAAUUAUUAAUGCAUGGUUUAUGUGAAUAUAUGUAUCAAUUGGCAACAACAUUUACUGAUUUUUAUGAUCGAUGUUAUUGUGUUGAAAAAGAUAAAACAACUGGUAAAGUUCGAAUUAAUUAUCGACGAAUACUUUUAUGUGAAGCAACAGCAAAUGUAUUGAAACAAUGUUUUGAAAUUUUAGGUAUUCAACCAUUAGAACGAAUGUAA